GACCUCGGCGCUGGACGAAACAACCGGUCACUGAACAGAGCGAGAUUGCUUUUGUGCGGCGAGACGCGUAGCCUAUAGCUCAGCCAGACAAGGGACAUCGGACGCAGCUUCCACCCCGGGGAUGGCCUGGAUCAAGUUCGCUCCGUUAAAUAUCCCUCUGAACCGGCGCUUACAGACGGCCGCGGUAGUCCAGUGGGUCUUCUCGUUCCUGUUCCUCGCCCAGUGUGGGUUGGCGCUGUAUGUCUGGUUGGCACUGCACUGGUGGCAGGGAGCCGUGCUCUAUGCCAUCUGGCUCUACCUGGACUGGGAGACGCCACAAACGGGCGGGCGGCGGUCGCCAUGGAUACGCAGCUGGCCCAUCUGGAGACACUUCCGAGACUACUUCCCCAUACAGUUGAUAAAGACGUGCGAUCUGGAGCCAGACACACACUAUCUGUUUGGGUUUCAUCCCCACGGUAUCCUGGUGGCCGGAGCAUUCGGGAAUUUCUGCACAGAGUACACAGGCUUCCGGAAGCUGUUCCCGGGAAUGACCCCCUACCUGCACGUGCUGCCCGUGUGGUUCCGCUUCCCCUUCUUCAGGGAGUACCUCAUGUCCUCAGGUGUAGUGUCAUGUUCUAAAAAAAGCCUGAUGCACGUGUUGAGUCAGAAAGGGGGCGGGAACGUGUCAAUCAUUGUGAUUGGCGGCGCAGCGGAAUCUUUGGAGGCGCGGCCAGGAAGCCUGAUUCUGGAGACGCUCAACAGGAAAGGGUUCAUCCGCAUUGCGCUCAAGUGUGGGGCUCACCUGGUUCCGGUGUUCUCGUUUGGGGAGAACGAGCUGUUUGAGCAGCUGCAGAACCCUCCCGGUUCCCUGGUGCGGCGGUUCCAGGAGGGACUCAGGAAGACUGUGGGCUUCAGCCUGCCGCUGUUCCACGGGAGAGGAGUCUUCCAGUACUCCUACGGAAUCAUACCGUACAGGAGAGCCAUCUACACCGUAGUGGGCAGGCCUAUCCCGGUGCAGAUGAGUGUGUGUGCGUCGGCUGAGGAGGUGGACCAGCUGCACGCUCGCUACCUGGAGGCUCUGAGCCAGCUGUUCGAGGAGCACAAGGGCCAGCAUGGCAUCCAGCAACACAGACACCUGCUCUUCACCUGACACACACACACACACACACACACACACACACACACACACACACACACACACACACACACACACAAUAGAGCCAGUACGGCAUCCAGCAACACAGACACCUGCUCUUCACCUGACACACACACACACACACACACACACACACACACACACACACACACACACACACACACACACACACACACACACACACACACACACACACAAUAGAGCCAGUACGGCAUCCAGCAACACAGACACCUGGUCUUCACCUGACACACACACACACACACACACACACACACACACACACACACACACACACACACACACACACACACACCACCCGGUACAGCAUCCAGCAACACAGAAAUCUCGGUCACACUCACUCACCACCCACACUCUCACACACACACUCUCUCUCUCUCUCUCUCUCACACACACACACACCUCACCCACCUACCCACACACACACACAUGCACACGUGCGAACACGUGCACACAGAAACACACACUCACAUAAACACAUGUAUCACAAAGUGAUUCCCACUGAAUUGUUGAGUGCUGUGUUGAUAUCCUAAUGUCAUAAACAAAUAAACCAAUAUUUUCUUAACCAUAACAAA